AUGGCCCGCUCCUGCUCCCUCCUCAAACCCGAACCGCACCGCCUCCUCUGCCUCGGCGCUCACCACGACAUGGCGCUGAAACUGCAGCAGAAGCUCGCGCCGCACUUCACCUACUGCGCGAUCCUGACCAAGAUCGAGCCCAAGAGGACGUACUCGCUCGACAACUUUUCCCUGCUGCUCGACGCCCUCUACCCGCCGCCCGAGGGCGUCAUUGUCGGCGGCGGAUUUAGUGACGAGGAUGGCGAGCAGAUGCGCAGGCUCGUCGAGGGCAGGGUGGACGAGAACGGCAACCCGAUCAAGUUUGUCAAGGUCCCCAGUGGGACGUUGGAGGAGAAGGGGCCCGAGGGGCUUGUGGGCACGAUUCGCGAGUUGUUGGCCGGGGCGUUUGGGGUGGUUUGGUAA